GUCCCAGCUACAACACUGCAGACCUUGGCAGCGAAUGCCAAAUCCGAUGCGCACCCAGACCUCGGCAGGUCUACGGAUCCGACACAGAAUGCUUUUCGUGAUGCCGAUCGCUUUGUGAAAAGAUGGGGGCUGCGUUUCAAUAUUCCAAUGACAACGUACAAACAUUCCUCGGAGUACGAGGUGCCCUACCUUUCUCCUAGGGCACUGCUGACACACCAUUUGACAAAGGCGCCGGAGCUACUGUUUGGAGGUGUGCACGAUCUGGAGGCCGCCAAGACCCUGCUUCAGACGUUUUGGGAUGCAUACAAAUUAAGUCACCCUGAACAUCAGGUCUUCAGUGAAGCUGGUGCAGGCACCGUGCUGUUGCGCACAACAAUUCCUGUUCUUUUCCACGGGGACGAAGGAAGGGGGAUCAGAAAAGGCAACACAACAGUGUGCUCCCUCGAGAGCCCUUUCGGCCUGGACAGCAACACUUCACACAAGUACGACAUCAUGGACUGCUGCCAAGAAGAUGCUGAUGAUGUUCUACAAUGCGACUUUCAAAACUUGAAUCUGAAGUUCCACUCUUACUUGACCAAGUUCCUCGUUUUCCUACUCCCUGGCAAGAUUUACAAGAACAGCGACGUCAUGACAGGGCUUUUGGAAGUUGUAUUCCGAGACCUCCGGUCUCUUUUCUACGAGGGCAUCGUUGUUGGCAGGCAGGUUUUCAACGUGGCUUGUGUGGGCUGUAAAGGAGAUCUGGCUUGGUUUGCCAAGCUUGGUCAGCUGGACAGGUGCUACCUUCACCUGUCUAAUGAUGGUGCACUGAUGUGCCAUGAGUGCCUGGCUGGAACCCCUGAUAAGCCCUUCGAGGAUUUAACAGCAGCGCCGGCUUGGUCAAGUUCUAUAUAUCAAGUGCGUCCAUGGUCAACAGCGCCAACGACCGGACUGCUUCAGGUGCCGUUCGACAAAACGAAGCCCGAAGCAAUACUUCGAAGAGACAUCUUCCAUAACACCAAGGUGGGCGUUCUGCAGGACUAUAUAGCUAGCAGCAUGUUGCUUAUUGCCCAUUUGGGGUAUUUUGUCGUGCCUGAAAGGGUUGGCAAUGGUGUGGACGCUACACUGGGACGCAUGUUUGCUCACUUCAAGCUGUUUUGCUCUGCAAAGGGCGCAUCGCCGAACAUGCAUGGUUUCAACAGGAGCUACCUGAAUGCCAAGACAAAGAAGCAUUAUCCAUGGGCUAAGUGCAAAGGGUCCGAUGCCAUGCUUUUGCUGGAAUGGCUGAAGGUGUUAUGUACUGCAUGCUUGAACAGACUCCUGAAACCCGAUGAUGCAAGGCUCCUCGAAGGCAUCCAUACAGGGGCUACUGCAGCUCGUACAUUUCUGCACAGCAUGUACCAGCAUGGCUUGUGGUGGAAACAAUCCUGUGCCAAGUUUAUCUUACAUCAUGCCAACAGGUUUUUGAAAUGCUACCAUUUCAUGGCUUAUGUUUGCCUACAUGAGCUGAAUGGUUUCGCUGGCUUUGCCAUGAAGCCGAAACUGCAUAUGCUGUGCCAUGGUGUGCACGAGAUCCGAGAACGCAUGCCACACAAACGGCAGCCGUCAUCCCUCAUGUUUGGCUGUGAAGCCAAUGAAGAUUUCAUUGGCAGAGUUUGCCGCUUAUCGAGAAAAGUGCACCAGCGCCGUCUAUGUGAACGUGUGAUUAACAUGUACCUGGCAAAAGCUUUUGCCCUUCGUAGGAAGUACUUGCGAUCCCCACAGUGUGGAAAGAAACGCAAGCGUAAUUAA